AUGAGUAACGACAAAGACAACAGCAGCCUCGCCGUUCUAACUGCUGCUCUUAAUGAAGAUGAUCGAGCUGGCCUCAUCAACGCCCUCAAGAACAAGUUACAGAAUCUGGCUGGGGAGCAUUCUGAUGUGCUUGAGAAUCUAACUCCUAAAGUGAGAGCUCGAGUCGAUGCCUUGAAGGAUAUACAGAGCCAAUACGAUGAACUAGAGGCCAAGUUCCGUGAGGAGAGAGCUCUUCUUGAAGCCAAGUAUGAGAAGUUGUAUGAGCCUUUGUAUGCCAAGCGUUAUGAUAUUGUGAAUGGAACUACUGAAAUCGAGCUGACUCCAGAGGAUACUAAGAUGGACGAAGGAGAGGACAAAACUGCUGAAGAGAAAGGAGUUCCAAGUUUCUGGCUAACUGCUUUGCAAAAUAAUGAUGUUACUUCCGAGGAGGUCACAGAGGGUGAUGAAGAGGCUCUCAAGUAUCUUAAAGAUAUUAAGUGGUGCAAGACUGAAGAGCCUAAAGGGUUCAAACUUGAGUUUCUCUUUGACUCGAAUCCCUUUUUUAAAAACGAUGUCUUGACAAAGUCUUAUCAUGUGAUUGAUGAGGAUGAGCCACUACUUGAGAAGGCUAUGGGGACUGAAAUUGAAUGGUAUCCUGGAAAGUGUCUAACUCAAAAGGUUCUUAAGGAGAAGCCUAAGGAAGGUUCAACGAACACUAAACCAAUCACCGAAAUGGAAGAUUGUGAAAGCUUCUUCAAAUUCUUUAAUCCUCCAGAACUUCCGGAUGACGAUGAAGAUAUUGAGGAGGACAAAGCUGAGGAACUUGAAAGUCUAAUGGAACAAGAUUAUGAGAUUGGAUUUACUAUCCGGGCCAAGAUUAUCCCGCAUGCUGUCUCAUGGUUUACUGGUGAGGCUAUUGAAGUAGAGGAGUUUAAUAUAGAUGAUGACGAAGAUGAUAUGGAGGAGGACGAAGAUGAGGACGAGGAUGAUGAAGAUGAAGAAGAUAGCAAGACUAAAAAGAAGAAGGGAGGCAGAUCUCAGAUUGUUGGUGACGACCAACAAGGCCAGAGGCCACCAGACUGCAAGCAAGAGUAA